AUGACACCGAAGAAUUACAGCUAUGGGAAUCCGCCUGCGAAAGUCUAUCUACAGCCAUCUCGACCCAGUCCGCAUCCGUCACCGUCGAAUGGAUAUCCAACAUUCCAGGUUCAGAUACCGGUCGUGACUCCAGUUCAGCCUAGACAUGCGCCCUCAAACGGUGUCUAUGGAUCGUCGCCAACAUCUUCCGCUUCCGCUCAGGUGGCCAAAGCUGUAGUUCUCCAGCCGUCGCCGCAUAUCGAUCGCUCUGAGUAUACGAAGUAUGGGAAGCUAGAUCAAAGGCUAAAGCAAUCAAAACCGUUCACGCCGGGCUCUACCCAGAAUAAUCGGAAACGCAGGCGGGACGACUCUGAUGAUGAUCGCGACAACGGUCCUAUAGUCGGGGGGGUAGACCAACGUGCAAAGGCAGAUGGCUCGUUGACGGCGCUCAUAAACCUCGUCGACUCCAUUUUCCAAGCUGAGGACAACCUUCAAGGAGAUACGUCGGGUAGAUAUGCGGAAGCGCACGAGUCCUCUAGGUUCUGGGUGGUCAAUACGGCGGAACCGUGCCUCUCAACAGCCAUACAAUCAAAACUCGAGGGAGUAAUACAGAAAGUCAUCUCAGUUAAGCGGUUCGCACAGGUGCCCGUUGACGACCUCAUGAGGCUCGAAAAGCUCUGCGAAAACGCAUUGAAGAGGACCGACGCAGAAAAUAUCAUGCCACCAGAAAAUCUGGCGGAAUAUGACAUCGAAGACUGGCUGACACGGAUUGCUUCUGUGGACAAUGGACUGAAAACUGCGAAGACGGUUCUACGGAUAAUGGUUGGGGGGAGGGAAGAGAAGCAACUAUAUUCCGAAGAUUUGCUGGCGAGCGUGCUUCUCCUCAUCAAAAACCUGAUUGAAGGAGCACUUAAUCCGAUGAUUGAGAUGAGAUCCGGAGGCGAUCAACCAGGGCCCUUCAAAUCUGCGUUCGCUCAGAAGAAGAUAUUGGGUGGUCUUCUUCAUGAGGUCACGAAUGUCAUCACUUUGUUUUCGCAACUGGUCGCCAACGAAGAGGCCACAGAAUCGGCCAUCAACUCUGCACUGUACAUGGCGGCUGCUAUAGUGUUUGUGGAGAAUGCGAGUAACGAGAAGGACUCAUUGUUUGGCAUCCAGAGGGUUGAGAUGUUUCGGAUGGCCGCCAUGGAUAUCCUGGCGAAGAUCUUCGCCCGCUAUCCGGAGCAGAGAUCAAACAUCAUCUUCGAGCAGAUCCUUGCCAAUUUGGAAAAAUUGCCAGUGAACCGCGCUACAGCGAGGCAAUUCAAACUGGUCGAAGGGGGUAAGAACAUCCAGCUGGUCAGUGCGCUGAUCAUGAGGCUCGUUCAAACUGGUGGUACAUAUCAGCCGCGGAAGAAGAAACGUGGCCUAGCAUCGAACGAAGACGGAGAACCCCAACCGGAGGAUGAAUUGGACGAUAUCGACCAUGAUGACCGAAGCCCGGAGGAAACAGUGACGAAGUUGCAUCAUCUCUGCAGCCCCCUUCUUGACGAUGCGCAGAAAACUUCCAGCUCGAUUGUCAGUUAUCUAGUUCAGAAGGCCAUGAAUACCACGAAAACUGGGGACCAGCCUUACAGACAUCUGCUGGAUAUUUUCACGGAGGAUUUCCUGGCUGUGUUGGGAUCUCCGGAAUGGCCGGCCGCAGAGCUUCUCCUUCGCAGCUUAGCCCGUAGCAUGUGCAACAUCAUCGACGGCGAAAAGCAGGCCGUCACUGCAAAAACAAUGGCUCUAGAUAUGCUUGGUGUCAUGGGAAGUGGUAUCUGUGAUCUGGUCGUCCAUUUGCGGGAGGGGCGUCGAAACCGGGAGGGAGGAGAUCCUCAAAUGUCUCAACUCAUCGAUAAGUACCUUGAGAUUGACACCGGUUCUAAUCGGGCCGCUGCUGUAGCUGCGCUCGAGGAGGAGCUGGUGGACUGGGAAGGACCAUUUAGGAUUGCUCUUGAACAUCUGUUCGCAGCUCGCACACACGACAAUACUCUCCAGAGCGCUUGCGGAUACUACCUCACCGUAUGGAGCUCCAGGAUUUGCACGCUGUGGGACAAGGUAGCCGAGGACGUUGAUGAUUCAGAGAGCGAUGUGUCGAGAUGUGCGUCGAAUUUGAAGCAGAUGACCAUCCAUAGAGAAUGGGAUGAUGACAUGGACAUGAGUUCAUUUACGCCAUCACAGAUCCGACAAGCAUAUACGCUAACUGUGCUCAACAUGCCGUUUUGCCAGUUCUUCGAGCAACUAUUCAACCGGUUGCUUCGAUGCAUGGAUGACAAUCAGGCACAAUCGAGAAGCAAGGCAUUGAAGUCCAUCACCCAACUACUCGGAAAGGACCCAACAAUUCUGAAUCGCACCCAAGUCAUCCCGUUCAUUAUGAAGAAAGCGCAAGAUGCCAGCCCACUCGUGCGCGAUUCUGCGGUGGAUCUGCUGGGAAAGUGCAUCGCAAUCAAGCCCGAGAUCGAGGGUCUGGUCUGCAAGACUAUUAUUGAGAGGUCUGUCGAUACCGGUGUGGCCGUGCGGAAACGCUCCAUGAAGAUAUUGAAGGACAUAUACCUGCAUUCGAAGAAGGAAAAUCUCAGGGUGAUGAUUGCAGAGGCUUUGGUGCUGAGAAUCAAGGACAAUGAUGCGGGAGUGGCGGAGCAAGCUCGUAAGACAUUUGAGGAGAUAUGGAUAGCGCCAUUUUAUUCAUUAAUUCCCGAAGACGAGUCGGAUGCACCGGUCGAUAUCACUCCUCAGAUGAAGCUCGUUGCCAGCGAACGAGUUGCUGUGAUCAUUCAGGUUGUGCAAAAGGAAAUCAUGCUAUCCGCCUUGCACGACGUCAUCAAAUCGCUGCUCCAACAAGACGGCAAGAACUCCGAACAAAAUUACCGAGUGUGCAAGAGGAUGAUCGGAUCGAUGUUUGACGAUUUGUUGAAUCUUCAGGGCGAUUCAGACAAGGGAACUCGACAAAGCACGAUUCAAACGUUGACCGUUUUCGCGAAGGCCGACCCCAAGCUAUUCACACCCGCUCAACUGAUGAUGCUUCAGCCAUACACCGAAAACUUGACCUCGAACGAUUUGCACUUGUUCAGGAGUGUGAUAGUGAUUUACAGACACGCCUUGCACAUCCUUACAAGCCGGCAGAAUGCGUUUCUGCUGGAGGUGCAAUCGAAUCUGCUUAAGAACCUGACUCGACUGCCAUCCCAAGAGCUCCGUGAAGUUGUCAGUUGCCUGUGGACGAUUGCGGGUAUCACCAACGACCCAGCUCGUCUGAUUCGGGUUACUAUAUCAUGUAUCAGUAACGUCCAGAAGGCCACUGGCAAGCCGAUUACCGACCAGUCCCAGGAGAGAAGAGUGGUUCGGACUCUAUAUAUCCUCGGUCUUUUCGGACACUAUUGCGACUUUGAGAGCUCGGUCGCACAGUUCAAAUCGUCUUUCUCGGACCGGAAAGUAACCGAUGUAUCUGGUUUCAUCACCGAAACAAUUGUUCCGUUCUGCGCACCCGACAUUGAGCCGUCUGUCCGGAAGGCCGCAAUUGAGAGUUUAGGUCACGUGUGCCAAACACAUGCCGCUCAUUUCUUAAUGCCACAGGUGCUGAACAUAUUCGACCAAGUUUUCAAAGAGCAAGAGAAGGAUCAGAUGAAGCUUGUGCUGUCCGGCAUCAAGGGUUUUCUUGGGCUGGAAGAAUCACGGAGCGAAUUUGCACGCGAAGAAGGUGCUGACCAGAAGCACAAGAAAGGAGAUCAGCAAGAUGAACCGGGACGUUUGACACAAGCCGCAUACAUCAAUCAGAACGAUGGUGUCAGUACCAGUCUAGCCCAGAGGUAUCUAAAGGAAAUCACGGCAAUCGCGUUGGGUAGUCAGGAUACCUAUGCUAUCGUUGCUACGGAGGUCAUUGCAAGCAUUUUAAGACAGGGACUUGUUCAUCCGAAAGAGCUUGUCCCUGCCCUAGUCGCUCUUGAGACGUCAACGGCGUCGCAGAUCAAUCAGAUCGCCUACAGGGAGCACAAAACCCUCCACUCAAAACAUGAAACAAUCGUCGAACGCGGUUAUAUGGACGGCGUGCGCACGUGCUUCAUCUAUCAGAGGAACAUCAUCGGCGACGGAGCUGGUGCCACUACUGAUCCUUACGUCGCCAAACUUCGACCGCUCUACGACAUCGUCAAGGAGGGGACUAGGAAAGUCAAGAAGAAGCUGCUCGACAAUAUCAUUCGAAGCAUCGAUUUCGAUCCAAUCAAGCUUAACGUUGAAGUUAUUCCGACCCAUCUCGACUAUGCCAGGUUCGUCAUUGGCAACUUGGCCUUCCUGGAUUUCGCUACCACGGAUGAGGUGUAUCAGGUCAUCACAACCAUGGAGAAGGUGGUGGCGAACACGGGUGUCAUGGUAGCACAUUCCAUUGAGACGGAUAUUUUCUUCAUCAAACUUGAGAACGGGCAGGAGCCACAAAACAAGACCGUCAACCCACAGCGCCUGAAACUUCUAUCGACCGGAGCAGCUAUCUUGAUGAUGGUGUGGGCCGCCAGGACUUACCUUAGAAAGGCAUUCGGAAUCAACGAGAACAAGCUCCGGGACUACAAGAUCGGCAAAAUCAAGGCGAAUGAUCCGACCAUGAACAAGGUGCCUGGUCGCAACCCGAACGUCAACAUGCAGACGGUGUGGGAGCAGGUUGAGGGGACGGCACAGGGGCUAGAGACCAGCGACGAUAUGAUGGAGCAAUGCCGUCAGUUCCUCGAGAUGUUGAGCGUGGACAGCGAGUUCAAACUUGCCGCUGAAGGCGAGGACGAAGACAAUCUGGACUAUGCGAGGGGCGAUACGCCGGGCGUGAGCGAGGACGGCGAUCGACCGUCACCCAACACCCCUAAGAAGAAGAGAAAGGGCAGUGUAGAUCCCUCCGAUAAGCCGGUCAAAAAACGGAGGGCUGCUCCCGCCAAGAAGAAGAAGUAA